GUCGCGAAGUGGAAGUCAAAUGCAAAUGGCGGUUGUUAUUGUUCGUGGUCGAAAAUUUUUACAACACGAAUUUUUUUUACAAUUUUCAUCUAGAAUAUACAAUUUAAUUGUAAUAAAUUUUUGCAAAUCUUAAAAUAUAAUUUCUUAAUAAUACGUGUGUAUAGAAAUUCAAUUGUAAAGUGUUAAUAUAAACAGUGAAAAUUUCGAUUAAAAAAAUUGGUCUUUGGAAGAGAAGAAAAAAAAAUUGUCGUCAAUCAUAUUUUUUCUGGCCCCUUGCUACCAAUACAACAACAACAAGAAGUAAAAAAAGUUGAUACUUCGUAUGGUUCGUUUUCUACGCCUGUGAAUAUUUUUUGGUCGCGCUGUUUGAUCUCCAAAUAAGCUUCUUGUGUUGUGUUAGGAGGCCUCCUCCUCUAGUUACCAAAAAAAAUAAUAAAUACAAAAAUCGUGAAAAGUUACAAAUAAACUAAUAAACUGGUCAUUAUUUCAAGAAUAUGACAUGAAGUCCUCAAAACGCUAAGAGAAAAAUGUUUGGAUAAAUAUUUACAAAGGAGAAAAAUAACAUGUUGGUUUAAAACCUUCGACAUAAUAAAUAUCUUGUAAAGUUAAAAAUAAAACAAAUAAUAUAAAAUUUCCUUUAAAGUCAUAAAAAUAUUGAAUACAAAAGUUCAUAUUAAAAAACUACUCGUUAAGAAUGGUGCAAAAAAUUCCACUUAUAAAGUAGUCAUUAUAGUGUUUUGACAAUUUGUUGAUGAAAUAAAUAAAAAUCGUGAGAGAAGAAAAACUAAUACUACUACUUAAUAAUAAGAAACUCCCCAAACAAAACGUAACGCAACAGCAAAAGAAUAAUAAAAUAAAAAAGGAGAAUAUCACAUCACGUCUCUUAUAAAAUGCAGCUCUGCAGAAGUGACAAAAGUGGCAGGUAUAUCAGAAACGUAACGUAACGUGAUAUAUGCCAUGAUUUUGUUUAUUGUUUUGAAAAUAAGUUUUUUUUAAUAAAAGAAAAAAAAAUAAUUCAUAUUAAAAAAACAUUUUAAAAAGUAUAGAGUUGCCAUACUAUAAAAAGAAGCUUUGUUUAAAAAUUCAACAAAUGUGUACAUUAAAAAUAUUAAUAUUACAUUGUUUGCUACCACCGCUAAGUGCUUCAAAUGUUUUAUUACGAAAAUGGCAAAAUUGUGGUCAUAGAUUUAAAAUUUAAAAUAUUAAUUACUAUAAUUUGUGUUAAAAUAUUAUUAUCUUUAAUUAAUGAUUGUGAAGAAACAGUAGCAGAAAUAACCGUAAACAAAUGAAAGUUUUAAUUUUUUGUAUGUAUGAAUAUCUUCGCGCGAUUUCUGCUAAUUUAAGAAUUAGUGAAUAUUCGCUUAUUUUUUAUAAUAAUUAAAAUAAAUUCUAUAAAGAAAACCAGACAGCUCCCCGUCAAGUGUGAUUGUCGUCGUGUGAUGAUAUGCAACUUAAACAGCAGAUUGAACCGUGUAUGCGGAUAACAGUGCAAAUCCCUAAGGAUGCGGCGCAAAGGUUACGCCAAUUGGCUACCGAGGGUAAUCCUACACUACGGGCCCUUGGUAUACGGUCCGUGCAACUAGAGGGAGAUUCUCUGAUAUCACUCAAUCUUGGUGGUCAACAGAUUGAUGUCAAAGUUUCAGACAUUUCAUCUGUUGUUAGCCAUGAGACGUCCGGUACGUCUAUUAGUGGUAUUGGAAGCGGAGGAGUUGGAAUAGGAAGCGGAGAAGGUUGCAAUACAGAUAUAAGUGAUUUAUCACAAUUACUCAAUGUGGGAAAUCUUGUUGGUCCUAGUACAAGUAGUGCUUUUGUGAAAUUGCCGCAAGCUCAGUUGCAACAACAUCCGCAGCAGCAGCAGUCACCCACAUUACUUCAACAACAGCAGCAACAGCAACGAGGGAAUAUGCCUCCAAAUAUAAAUUUUGGUUCAAAUGUUGGUGUUGGUGGCCUGGAUGCUGGGACUUUGUCUCUACAGCAACAGCAAAUGUUGCAACAACAGCGUCGUAAUAUGAUGCUGGGCGGUCCUAGUACAAGUAAUGCCGCGAUUAAACAUCAGCAGCAAAAUGCUUUCAAUACCGUACUAGCAACACAGCAAAAUCUCCAACAACAACAACACCAACAGCAACAACACCAACUGCAACAACCUGUAUUCAAGUCACCGAAUACGGUUUGCCCCAUGGAUGGCAAAGUGCCUGUACCACCUCUCCCUGUAGGAGCUGGAAACACUGCAAAUUCACGAGAAUUUCCUUUUGAAAGCAUGCGACAAGCUCGUGUUUUGCAGGGCCGUGAUAAUUCCCUCAAUACGGUGGGCUCAUCCUCGUCAACUAUACCAACGCCUGGUGGAAUACCUUUGGCUGCUGGUAAACCUGCGGUGGGUAGUGUACCAGGCAACAGCGUUGGCGGCAUUCCUCACCAACUUAUGGGUUCAUUGGGCCCACCGCCUAACGUUGCGCUUAAAGUGAUAAAAAAUCCUCAAAGUGGUGAAAUGAUUACUACAACUGUUUCUACAGCUUCUGGUAAAUCACAGUUUUUACAGCCACCUCCUCCACCUUAUCCGGGUGUUGGUACAUUGAACUCUCCCGCCUCCCAAAAUUCUCCUGCUUUAGCGAAGCCAAUAUCAAGCUACUUGCAAUCACGAGUAGUGCCACCCUCAACGCCAACAGCAUCACCAACUGGAAUUACAGGCUCUAGCAACAACAACAACAGCAGCAAUAAUAUUGCGAUGUCUUCACCGCUUUUGGUGAAUCUGCUACAGAAUGACAGUAAUUCGGUGGCAAAUCAACAUGGCAAUCAAGUAAAAUCAUCGCCGUUGCCUUCUCCACAACAUCAACAGCAGCAGCAUCAGCAGCAGCCGCAUCAGCAGCAACAGCAACAACAUCAUCCACAACAACUGCCGCUUAUGCAUCAACAGCAACAGUCUCCCAUGAUGGCGGCGAUGAGUCCUCAGCAACAAAUCAUGAAUUCUCCAUUGCGAACCACAACACCGGGUUGCGAAUUCAUGAUGCAACAACAUUCAAGUCAGGUGCAGCAACAAAUUGUCUCGGCACCUGGUACCCCAGAAAAUGUUCUAAGUGUGCCUUCUUCUCCUACUGCGGCAACGAAUGCCAUGCGUUCUAUGCCACCAGGUUCGCAGCAAAUCAUGUUGAGUCCAAGUAAUAGCAAUAUAUACGCCCAGCAACAGCAGCAGCAACAACGUUUUCAACAACAGCAACAAAUUUCACCCCAGCAAGCAGCAAUGUUGCGUCAGCAACGUCAACAGCAGUUGCAGACAGUUAAUCAGUUACAAAAUCAACAACGUUUCAUACCGCAGCAGCAGCAGCAACAACAGCAAAUCUUGCAGCAAACAAUGGGUGUUAAUACAAUGUUAGGAAACCAACAACAGCAACAAAUGAGGCAGUUGCGAGUUGGUGCAGGUGGUGGUGGCGUUGGCGUUUUAACGCAUCAAACUCCACACUCGCCCUUGCAGCAGCAACAUUUACAGCAACACCAACAGCGUAUUAUUGGACAACAGCAACAACAAUAUAUGUCUGUCAAUGCUGGCAACAUGUCACCAGCAGCUGCUCAUUCACCCGCCUCCAGUCAUCAUUCGAUGCAUAGUCCCCACAUGGCAUCUCAACACUCACACCAACAACAACUACUUUCACCUUCGACAACACCAGCACAGUCUCCUCUCACAGCGCCUCAGCAUCUAACGCAACAAUUGCUACCACCACCUCCACCACAAUCCCCCUCGACAACAGGUCUUACGCAUAAUGCUUCUUCCUCCAUUCACAUAGUACCUUCUUCACCGUCUACGCCAAGUAUGAAUCUACAGCCACCACCAGAUUACAAUCAAGCGGCUGCAUCUUCAAGAUGGCCGGCGUCACUAAAUAAACCCAUGGAUUCGGCGACCAAGUCAAGUUUUCAAGAGUUCACUCGCUAUCAGAUGCAAUAUAAUUUGCAACAGCAACAAACCCAACAACAGCAGCAACAAAUUAUCUCCGAAAUUGCAAAUUCUUUGCCGGGCGCAUCACCCAACAACCAACCCAGUAACAACCACCACCACAAUCAGCAAUCAUCCACAACAAUAGCAGGUGGUAGUUCUACUGGUGGUGGAGUGGGAGUGGCAAACAUAAACCCAACGUCCUCAAACUCUGUAUCAGGAGGCAUAGGUUCUACCAGUCAAGGUGUCGAUGCUGCUCUGGUUGCCCAAGCAGUCGAUGACCUAACAGACCCCUUGAUAACGUUGUCUGAUUUGGAUGCUUUGACGACAAAUGAUUUAGAUGCUUUGUUGCCAACUUUAAGCUGUGAUAUUGAUUCAUCCCUUAGUUUGGAUGACAAAAAUGAAUUGGAAUCCUUGCUGCAAGAUGCGAAAGAUCUUGACUUGGAUCUUAUUGAGGGUAUGGAUAUUGAUGAAACAGCCGCUGCUGCUUCAUCACUAUUAGCGGGAGAUGAACAGCUGCCGCCACCAAAUGUUCCGCUAACAAUGCCGCAAAUGCAAACGCAGCAGCAAACUCAACAACAGCAACAACAUCAGCAAAGUUUGCAGCAACAGCUAAUGCAGCAGCAAAGCCAACAACAUCUGCAGCAGCAACAAAGGCAGUUGCAAAUGCCACAAAGUCAAAUUAUGCAGCAGCAGCAACAAUCUCAACAUAUUCUGCAGCAACGUUUACAACAACAGCAGCAACAGCAACAUCACAUAAACCAACAACAAAUUCUUGUGCCUCAAAAUCAGCAGCAACAACAAUUUCAUAUGACUUCAAGUCAUCAACAACAACAAUUUAUGAUAAACAAACAACAACAUCAACAGCAUUCAAAUAUUCUUUCUACUCCUGUCUCUAUCUCUGCUGCAGCUAGCAGCUCUCAGACAGCACCACCACCUCCUCCUCCUUCCGCGCAGCCGAAGCAGUUUCUUAUUAAUCCUCUAACCGGCGAACUAGAACCCAGCCCAAGUGAUGACAGCGAAACUGAAGCUGAACAAGAGACUCUGCAAUCUUCAUCUAAUUCCGCCCUCCAUAACAUCUCAAACGCUACCAAUACCUCCCAAGGAACAAAUUACACCCCGAAUAAUAGCACAAACAGCAUUUAUGAUUUGCUACCCAAUGCAUCAUCAUCGCAUUUCUCCGAAGACUCCAAUUCCAACUCGUGCAGCACUGCCAUUUCCAAAUUGUCGGCUGGCGAACAAAAUAAUGGAGGCUCCUCAACACCUCAGUUACUGGGAGCAGGUUCGGACACCGAACGUUCUAGAGACUCUUUAAUAUCGAAUAAGUCACAAAAGAAUAGAAAAUCGAAAGCCAAUAUGUCGUCAGCAGCAAACUUAAAUAUAAAUGCCAGUGUAGUUAGCAGUAAACCUGGUGAUAUGGGUUCUCCCAGAUCAAAUUCAUCGUCACCGUCUGUGGGAGCCAUGUUGGCCGGCGGCAGUACUUCAAGUAAAAAGUCUAAAACCAAUUUAUUAAGGGAGAAGCUGCAGCAGGGUCUAAGGGAGAAGAAAAGCAAAGAGGCAGCCAACGCUGGUGUGGUCAAACCAAAAAGGGAGAGAGCAAAAGCGGGCAGUAAAUCAAAGGCUGCUUUAGCUGCUGCCGCCGCGGCAGCUCAAUCACAAACACAGAGUCUUACUCAAAGUAAACAUAAUAGUGCAAUAGCAAGUCAUUUAUCGUCUGUUAACACGGCUACAAGCAUAAAUGUUACCAAUUCGAUGAUGAAUUCAGUGGAUGGCACCACAACCUCUUCAACUGUUGGUGGAGCAAAUGUGGCGGCAACAGAAAAAAUCAAAUUACGCCUGAAAUUGGGAAAAUCUGAACCCGUUUCACAGGCAUACAAAGUUGAUGUGACGUUUAGCUCGGAAAAUGUGCAACAACAGCAGCAACAAUCUCAACUAAAUGCUCAACAAUUGGCAAGCAGUGUAAUGCAACAACAACAACAGCAGCAAUUGCAUCAACAAAACCAACAACACCACACCACAUCGUCACCGUUUCAACAAAGUACUAAUCUAAAUACACCUCAGCAACAGCAUCAGCAACAACACUCCCUACAACAAAUGCAACAGCAAUUAACACACCAACAACAGCAAUCAUCCAUGAACCCGCCACAAUAUCAACAACAAGAAAAUCUUUUUCCUCAACCAUCCUCCUCGGCAACAUCAUCAGCGACAACUGGCAUAAACACCGCUUCUGUAGCGCCGGCGGGGGGUAAUUCUUCACCCGCCACAGAUGAGCCCAGAGUUCCUCCGCUACACAUUAGUUUGCGGGGAGGAAAAAAUUCUAUUGUUAUAAAAAAUUCCCGAAAAGAACGCAAGAAAACACAGAACGCGGCGGCGCAGGACAAUGAUUCUUCUGACAACAUCAACAAAACAAAAUCGCAUCUCAAACGUACGCACCUUAUUACAGACAAUACCUCUGCCAGUGCAACAACAACAGGUGAUGUAACCAUAGAUGAACAAAAUGCAACAGAUGCCAAACACUCCAAACUGGGACUAAUAAAUGCAACAAAAACCCCUACAACUCAAAUAAAUGGCAUGCCAAACACCACUUCUUCGGACAAGUUGGCUACUACAACAUCAUCAUCCACAACAACCACUUUAGUUGCGGGAAAAAAUGGUCUAACCAUAAGUGCCACAACAAUGAACAAUGCUACUACCAUGGAGGCUAAUAAAACCAACCAAAAUCUGUUGAUGGAUACACAAAGUUUGGGUUCCACCAAUUUGGGCACGGUCACCCACCUUCCACCCCAGCAAUUGCUACAACCCUCCACCCAACAGCAAUUGGCCAAAAUUACUUCUUUGCCAAAUAGCAUCACCCUAAGCACCAUAACGAAUCCCAAUACAGGAGGCGGCAGCGGCGGAGUCGGAUCGAAUUCGAAUAGUUUGCAAGUGAAACAUAAUCUGAAGACAACAGCCACUAUAACACCGAUACAGGGAAAACCUCUAACAAAAAACCAUAAGCCACCGUCGUAUAUAACGGCGGUACAACAAUUACAAUUGCAAAAACAGCAACAACAACAACAGUUAGCAGCUUUAGCCGAAAAGCAAACACAGCAACAGAUGAUAGCAGCAGCCGUAACAAUGCUACCAAGUGCAACGACUCUCAAACGAGUCGAAAUUACAAAAGUUGAGCGUAAGGAUGCCAUGGGUAAUGUGGAGCAUGUUCUGAUCAAAUCAAAUGAGCCGGUCACAACCACCUCAACAACAACUACAACAAUUAAGGCCAGCACUCAGAUUACAAAUUCUGCAACCACCUCAUUAACAGGAUCAUCAACAUCUUCAUCUCUGGUGACCACAAAUGCAAAGGCAAACAUUAAUGUGGUGGAAAGCAGUGCAGGCAAAACGGACAAUCUGGCUGCAACUAAACAAAAUGUAAUUAAUCAUCCCAUAAGUACUUCGACAACCACAGCAGCGGCAACAGCGACAGCCACAAUAGCAUCGUCAAAUGUUGCAGCCACAAAUUUAAACUAUAAUCAGUCAACGCUGGCAACUACUUUGCGCAACUCUCCUGCCAGUACGGGAGGAGGCACGCCAGCCCAUGCGAAUAGUGCGGGCGGAGAAGAUAGUGGCAUAGAAUCCAUGGAUGCAUUGUCGGAAAAGUCACCACACCAGCUUACAUCCAGCAGUCCCCAAUCCCUGCAACCUCAAAUCACUUCUGAGAAACCGCCCCAACAAAUACUAGCUAAAGGUCAAGCGACUGAAACUCUAAAGACAACUGAGGAAGUGGCAACUCAACUAACAUUGGCCGACGACGAAAUCGAAAAGGCCUUGGCUAAAAUGGAGGGUUUUACAGAUGAUGAUGACAAUAAUGUAUUGGAUGGGGAGAGUCUAAAAGAAAAAGAUGUCUCAAACUCCAAGGAACUACAGCAACAGAAAAUCAAUGGUGACCACUCCAUCUUCGAGGACGAUGUUAAAAAGCAAAAAGACAGCAAAGUGAUUUACAACAACAUACAUCAUCAUCACCACCACCACCAUCUUCAUCAUCAUCUGGACGAGGAUGAUGAUGACGAUGAGGAUCUUAUUAAAAAUCUCACUGCCAGUAUUAUUGAAGAACAUGAAGCGGGCGAAAAGGCAGCCAAAGAGAAGUUAGAAAAGGAACGAAAAGAAAAAGAAAAAUUAAAUAUUAAAGAACUUGAAGAAGAGCAAAGGCAACGGGCGGCAAAUAAAUUAAAAUUAAGAGACAUCAAAAACGAAGAUUUCGAGGAAAAAAUUACCAACACCACAACUAUUAUAAAAAAAGAUGACUCUAUUAAAAUCGAAAUCAAUUGUAACAAUAAUAACGAUAAAGAGCAAACAUUAGAUACAAAGAAAAUUUCCCUAGAAACUCUUAACAAAGUUGAAGAAAACAAAGAAUCCAACAAGGAGCUGCAAAAAGACGUUGUAAUUAAUAAACAAAGCGAAACUAUAAACUCAAGUCUAGCAACGCCCAUAUCGAUAGAAAUACCACAGGCAACGGAUAUGGAUUCACCUCGCAUAAGAACAAGAGCCAGCAGCCGUUUGGGUAGCCCCAUGGAUGUGGCAAAGUCGAGUCCAUCUAUGGACACCACCAACCCAACCACACAACCAUCUCUGCUUACAAAUAAGCAUGUUAUUUCUACCAGAUCUUCAAGUCAUAGCCAUGAACGAGUCAGUCUAAGUCCAAAACUGCAGCAAGCUAAUUCGUCCUCUAGCACCAGCACAAAUACCAACACCCAUAACAGUUCGGCAAACUCUAACUCUAACACCAACACCAGCCAAACGCAGCCAUUACAAAAUCAUCAUAAACGAAAAAGACAAGAAUCUGAAGGUGGUAGUAGUAACAGUGGUGGAGCUAGUGAAAAUGAUCCCAAAAGAUCCCGUAGUGGUAGUACAAGUGGCAGCAGCGCUGUCGCCUUACUAAACCACACGGAAACUACAAAUAAUAAUAAAAAAACCGAUGAUGGAGGAGUUGUAAAAAAUACCACUGCUACGACAAAGAAGAUUGAAGAAUCCUCUGAUUCAGAUGAACCUCUAAUAGAGGUGGCUGGCAAGGUCAGAAAUUCUAAAGCAGCAGCUGCUGGCAGCAUUGAUAAUAGUUCAUCAUCAUCUCCUAACAUUAAUUCGUCAACAUCAACAUCAAUUGUGGACAGUGCAUCGGAAAAAGUAACACGUAAUAGUCGAUCACAUCAACAACAAAAUAAAACAUCUACAAACAUGUUGUCUACGGCUGUUGGCAAUGAAACCAGUUUGAAUUCUGUGACUUCUAAUGCGGCAAAAGUUCCAAAAGUAAAUAACAGUCAUGCUGGUCAAACGAACAGUCAUACAAAUAAUUCAGCUGCUGUUGGUUCCAAUAACACAUCUGUUUUAACGUCGAAUUUAACAACAACAACAACAUCGACACCAACAUCAAACUCAUCGGUUACAUCAACACCAACGCAUGCUACACGCGGAGCGAGCCAUGUUUCUGCUGUCGCUACCGGAGCAACAACACAUGCCGCAUCAACGAAUCAUGCGGCCAAUGUUAACAACAGCGUCAAUAGUCCUAGUGAUGAGAAAAUCGGUACCCGACGAAGUGUUCGAGCUUCGGCGGCAGCAAAUAAAAUGAUUUACACCAGGGGCAUCCAUAAUAACGCCAAUAAUAGUAGUGGCGGCAAUAGUAGUGAGACACCUGGAAAAAUGGCAGGCAAAUCAAGCACAUUAAAUUCUAGUUCUGAGAGCGUGGCAGAGGCUAGAAGAAAAACACGCAGUGCGGGUGUAGGUGAAGCUGUUUUAACUGAAGGUCGUCGCAGAAGAGGCUCCAGAGACUAUAAGUGACCAUUGUCUUGCGACUCGGCUACAGGUUCUGAGGAUAAAUUCGAAUUUUAUAUUUUCCAUGAUGACGAGGACGAUGAUG